AAGGAGGAUGAGUGACGGGGAGAUGGGCUUGAGUUCUCCGAGUGCAUGCAGCGGCCCCCCCUCCGUCGUAUCUUCCAACUCUACACUUUGCUGUACCGGUGGACCACCUCGUGGGAAAAUGGAUGUUGCCUGUGUCAUCGAUCUCCAAACUGACAAACUUGGUCAUCGUCACAUCGCCUUCGAACACAUCAAAACUGCUUGUUCCUCUAUUGGAGCCACUUUUCAUCAUGUCCAGUUUGAGAGGCUGGAUUUUGGGGAGACAAAUGUGUUGGAUGUUUUCUACAAUGCUGAUGUGGCUGUGGUGGACCUAUCUGUACAACUGCAGCAAUCAUCAUUAUUCUAUCACUUGGGAGUGAGAGAGAGUUUUGGCAUGAGGCAAAAUAUCCUCCUUUGCAACAGCCGAGAAUCCCACAUCUCAGUUGCAAUGAAGUUGUCUUGUAGCAGUUAUACAUUCAUGGCCUAUGAGAUCUCGGAUGCUAGAGAUCAAUGCAUUGUGGUGGAUUGGGCAAACCGUCUCACUGGCUCAGUUGUUGGGGAAGAUGCCUCAUCCUGUUCUGCUGAAAAAGGCCUUUCCCUCAAUGUCCUCAUGAAGUGCCUCUUGCGAGAUGUUGAAAUCCAGGCCAAAGCUCAUAUGAGGGAGAAGUUCCUGAAUGACCUGAGGAAAGCAAGGGAGAACUUAUCAGGAACUGAAUUGGCAACAGCACUUGGGAAUCUGUGCCGGCGCCUUGAUGACCCAAACCUCAUUUCUGGGGAUGUCAUUCUCAACAUGCUCAUCUCCUUCCGGGAGAUCCAAGACUAUGAUGCGAUGGUUCAACUGGUUGACAACCUGAACACUGUGCCUAAUCAUAGAGACUGCCUUAAGAGUCCAGCCAUUAUAUUCUCCUAUGCAUUUGCUCUCAAUCGCCGCAAUCAAGCAGGUGAUCGGGAAAAAGCUUUAGAAGUGAUCAGGAACGCCUUGGAGAAGAAGGAAUAUCUUGUACCAGAUAUCAUCUGCCUGUGUGGUCGUAUAUACAAAGAUAAGUAUGUGGAAAGUGGGCAUGCUGACUUAGAAAGCCUUGAUCAAGCGAUCUAUUGGUAUCGGAAGGGAUUUGAGGUUCAGCCCAAUGAAUAUGCUGGUGUGAAUCUUGCAACCCUGCUCAAGAUCAAGGGGAACACAUUUUCCACUUCUGCUGAACUCCAGCAUAUUGGAAUUGAUAAGAGCUACAGUUUGGUGAUGAGCUCUUCUGUGUUUCCAGGGUUGGUAUUGAAUAACCUCAUAGGUCGCAAGGGAAGUCUGGCAUCCUUGAAGGACUAUUGGGAUGUAGCCACUUUCUUUGAAAUCUCUGUAUUGGCUGAAGAUUACGGAAAAGCAUUGCAGGCCGCUGAAUGUAUGUUCAGGCUCAAGCCUCCCAACUGGUAUCUCAAAUCCACCAUUGGGAAUAUUCGACUAAUCAGCAAAUUCAGCAAGAAACCUGGAAGUGAGGAUGAAGGUUAUGGUUCUGCAGAAGAGGAAAUAUUUGAGUUUUGGCUGGAUUACUUUGUUGAGGCCAUCAAUGGAGAUGUAGGGGAUGCUAUCCGAUUCCCGAUAUUGAUCUUGGAGCCAAACAAGGUGUACAUGCCAAGUUAUGUAAAUGUCAAUAUGGGAGCUGAGGUGAAGAGUCUCCAGAUCUGGAAUCUAUGUUUGGAGAAGAUGAGGGGGAAAUGUCGCCAAGUUCAUGACUUUCUCUUUUUGGCUGACAUGAUUCGAGGUGUCAGUUUGUACAAGCGGGACGAGCGCUGCCUCUUCGUGUAUGUCCAGCAGAAUGCUGAUGAUUUCCAGAUGUUCUUCCCAUCAGAAGAACAUAGAAAGAGAUUUUAUAACCUGGUGAAGGAGAUGACAGCUGAUCAGGAGCGCAUUGGACCAUGUCUUGACCUGGAUGUUUCUACUGGUGGUCCAAUACAGUAUGAGUAUGAACAUGAUGAAUAUGGGAAGAAGGUGGUUUUAGGAAGAGGAACUUAUGGAAUAGUGUAUGCAGCUCGUGAUCUCACUACCCAAGUCCGAGUUGCCAUCAAGGAGGUUCCUGAGAAAAAUUUGGGUGAUGUUCAGCCAUUGCAUGAGGAGAUUCGCUUGCAUUCACAGCUGCGUCAUCGGAACAUAGUCCAAUACUUGGGAAGUCUUUCAGAAGAUGGUUUCUUCAAGAUCUUCAUGGAACAAGUUCCUGGAGGAAGCCUCUCAGCACUCUUACGCUCCAAAUGGGGUCCAUUGAAAGAGAAUGAAGCUACAAUAGCCUUCUAUACCCGGCAAAUCCUUGAGGGCCUGAAGUAUCUCCAUGACCAGAAGAUUGUCCAUCGAGACAUUAAAGGGGACAAUGUCCUUGUGAACACAUACAGCGGAGUGGUGAAGAUCUCUGAUUUUGGUACCUCAAAACGGCUUGCCGGGAUCUGUCCCAGCACAGAAACAUUCACUGGAACUCUCCAAUAUAUGGCACCUGAGGUGAUCGAUAAGGGUCAACGUGGCUAUGGUGCCCCAGCUGACAUCUGGUCCCUUGGUUGUACCAUAGUUGAAAUGGCCACUGGUCAACCUCCUUUUAUGGAACUUGGGUCUCCUGAGGCUGCCAUGUUCAAGGUGGGCUAUUACAAGAUGCAUCCAGCCAUCCCAGAGGAAUUGUCUGACAAGGCCUCCUCAUUCAUACUACGAUGCUUUGAGCCUGAUCCACAGAAGAGGGCUACUGCUGCUGAACUCCUUGAGGACCCUUUUCUUUUGCAAAUCAAAGGAAGAGCCAAGAAGAAGAUGUGUAGACUUACCACCCCUCAGAUGGAGUUCCAUCGAAGUAUUUCUGUUCCUCCUGCCAUUGGCAGAGGGCAGGUGACUGGGGUGCAGCCUUCCUGUGGACCUCUUCCAGGCACUGUCUAUGGCAUGAACCAUAACCUUGACACCACCUCCACCACCGACCACAAUCCAGCAGUGAGCAUUGACAAUCAGGGAUCUCUGCAAUUGUGCAUGACUCCAGGAUGGAGUAUGGACCACUCAGCCCCUCAUUUCAAUGCAUCUGUCUCUGAUGGUGGGACAUUUGGAGAUGGAGAUGAGACCCCGACACCUUUGCCAAUGAGACGACGUGGAUCAAGCAAUGUGAGCAUUGGGAUCAGCAUCCCCUCCCCUGAGGUCCUUGUGGGGGAUGGAGACCCGGGUUCCACUCCUGUUGAGGGAGAUGGUUUCUACCUCCUUAAAAAGGAUUCUCAAAGACGUACCACCCUAGCCAAGGUCAUGGCUAAUGAUGAACUCAAAAUCGCAGAAGUCUGGCUUCAGAGCCUACAGACAGAAGUUAGGGAACCGCUCCUUGCCUUGGAACACUUGGUUGUCCUCAUGAGAGGCUUACGUGAAUUCAUCCUCAAGCAAGAGAAAAAUGCCUUGGCUCAGGGGAUAUCUUCUCUGAAGGUGGCCUUGGAUUUUGAUGGCAUGGCCAUCAAUCAGAUCCAGCUUGCACUAUAUCUCUUCCAUGAUGCUGUGAAUCGAGUGCUGAAAAAUCAUCACAUUAAGCCGCAUUGGAUGUUUGCCUUGGACAACUUGGUCCGCAGUGCUGUCCAAUCUGCAAUCAGCAUCCUCAGCCCUGACUUGGGUGCAAACCUUGCUGGGAGAGACAGAUCAGAUGUGAGAGAUCGGGAUGACACCACUGCUCCAUCAUUAUCUUCAUUUCCAUCUCAAUUACAAGUUCUUGAGGAUGGAAAUGGUGUGGUUGGAGGAGCCAGAGCAGGGGAAGGAUCCACAUCAGGUGUUUCCACCAUCAAUUCUCACAAGUCAAGUGCAGAUGAAGGAUCCAUGGAACAGCGGCUAGCAGAAGUGUCCCAGCAGAACUGCAGCCUGAUUGAAAAGCUCAUAUCUACAAAAGAAGCCUUGAGGAAUCUCUUGAAGAUGUCUGUUGAUGAGACUCAGCUUCAGAUGGCCCUCUUGCAGCGGUUAAGGGAGCAAGAGAAGGUGGUGGAAAUGGACAGGGCAGAGGACAAAGAAGAACAGGAAGAGGCAGGAGAAGACAGUCAACAGAUGGAGAGAAAGAAGGAAAAAGAGAAGCUGAGGGCUUGGUUAGAAGACCUUCAUUUGGAUGAUGCAUCCAUUCAAAAGGUUAUUGAUGAAGCAUACACAUUGGAGGACCUCCUGGUUCAUGUCUCUCGGGAUGACCUCCGUCACAUCUCACUCCGACUUGUGUCUGCAUCCUUCCACCCCUCUUACAUUCACCCAGAUGAAUUCCUCCAGAGCACUGAACCCAUGGCACACAAAGUAUUCGGGUAUAAUGCUUCAAUGGCAUGGGAAUUUCAGACCGAGACUCCCAUACGUGGAUCCUUUUUCUUGCAACUCCUCAUUGGGCUUCCAUACUUGAUCCUUCGGGGAGUUUUUGGAGAUGCAGAUGUGCCUGCUUCUGCCCUGCUGGCAUAUCCUCGGCUGGCGUUUGCUGGAUUCUCACUGCUUGCUGACUGGGGAUACUCACGCACUUGUCAUGAUGCUGGAAUUCACCCAAAUCUCCUUCCAUUCUCCACAUCCCUCACCCUGGUUGUCUUUGGGGUGAAAACGUUUUCAAAUAGCAUUGAAACAGUGCUGUUCUCCCUCCUUCUGUCAUGUGUGGUGCACGGAUGGUCAGUUCCACAGACACGUGCCCUGCAGGCUUUGCCUGUUGGACUGCUCCUUGUUCUGGGAACAUGGAAUCGUCCUACUUUUCUCAUAUUCGCUUCCAUCCCUAUCCUCUUCUUUUUGUUUCUUCCUGUCUCAUCUAUGUGGAUGAGACAGGGCUUCCUCAUGAUUUCUUCUGCAUUCAUUUCAUUCUUAACAGUGGUUUCUGCAGACUUCAUUUUUUAUGGCCAAUGGACUAUAACUCCUUGGAACUUCUUUUUGUACAACCAGGAUCCUAGAAACCUUGCACAGCAUGGACUCCAUCCAAAGGGCUUGACAGCCUUUCUGUUUGCUCCCUUGCUCUUUGGUCUGUUGUAUUACAAGGGGUUUGAGACCUGCAUUUAUGUGUUCCGGUGCAGGUUUCGAAUUCUCCAUGCAAAUCAGUUUCCCAGAUUUGCAUGGAGAAGAGAACAGGCGGAUGAAAUAGUUCACCUCGUGUCCCUCAUGAUGAGCUUCACGCUCAUAUUUUCUUUGUUUGUCUUCUCUCUUCUUCCUCAUCAAGAGAUGCGGUUCAUACUCCCUCUCCUCCUACCUCUUUUCUUCCUCCAAUGUGCAGCAGACCAAGAUCACCAGAUGGAGGAGGAAGGAAGAAGACGAAGAAGGAAAAUGGCUGUUGUUAUUCACAGGGUCUUUUCCCCAAUAGUGAUUUUUUUCUUCUGGGCCCUCCAUCAAGGAGGAUUAUUGGGAUGCACACUAAAACUGAGUGAGGUCCUUCAGGAAAAACCAGAACCAGGGUAUGUGAUGGCGGGAGACUCAUAUCCCGUCCCACAGACUCUUUUGCGCAUCACCAGUUCCAUUCCGGUCUUCGUGGAGGACCUUGGAACGAUCCCUGGGAGGAAACUAGUGAAUCAGAUGCAAGAAGCGCUCCAGACGUGGCACCGACUAUACCUCAUGAUCCCUGGCUCCUCCAUCUCCACAUCAGAAGAACUGAGAGGAUUUCUCGAUAGUGAAUGUAUCCUGCUAGAUAGGCAUCCCUGCCACCUGACCCUGGAAAGACCUCCUCAUCCCUCAUCCCUCCUGGACCUCUGGAAUCAGCUUCAUCUCUAUCUCUACGAGUGCAUGUCUCCUCCCUCGCUUCCAAUCACAAGACUAUGAGGAACCGUGUUGAAGUGGAGACUAAUGCAUGCGGCGUGAUUAAGAUCGUGAUCUCUGCUACGCUUACCGGUGAAACUUACCCUGCGUCCAUGCAGCUCAGGCAAUGAAUCCA